CUUUUCGUCUCAAGAGACGCUGCAUGUUAUAAAUAACCAACUAGCAAUAAGAAGGUACGAGGUAAUCUGACCAGAAUUCUUGGCAUAAUGUUACAGUGUAACACAUGUACGUCGUCUUCAGGAUUUAAAAGUAGAAAAUGUUAGUAUAUCAAAAUUAGCUUAUUUACUAGACUGUAUUUAUUUUCUACUCGGUGUCUCUUGUUCCCGAAUGGCACCUAGUUUGGGGUUAUCUCAGGUGAGGAUGAAAGACCACCCCCACCCAACAAUGUCCCGUUCCAGAACAUCUUUAUGCCUCGAAGUCGAACCUGACAACCGCUCUAGUAAAAAGAGCACAUUUUGCUUUCAACGAGAACGCACGCGUUUUUCACCCAUGCCGUUUUCUCGCGUUAAUGAGUUAAUUUGGUAUUCACAAUGCCAAAAGAAGGAAAACAGAAGAAGUAUCGUGUCGAUUGGACGCAAAGAGCCGCCAUGUCGGCGAAAAUCAGACAGAACGACGCUCUUCACAGAGAAGAGCGAGAGUCCAGAAGGGAGCAGUUUAAUUUUCUGCUUCCCCCCGGAAUGACCCUCCCGCUGCAACAUCGUGUAGAGGAGCAGACCAGAGCUCUCAGCCGGCCUCACGACAAGGCGGUUUUAACGAAACGACCAGUGACGCAGAAGCGCAGGGACGGAAGGAAAAAGCCGUACGGAUCGUCAUGGCGGGUCGGUGACGGAGAGUUCACGGACGACGAUCGGAGCCCCAGCCGGGACAGACAGGGACAGGACAGGCACGGUUCAGGACAGCUGAAGUCGUGUCAACAAGGCACAUCUUACGCUUCUUUUAAGACCGCUGUGUCAAAGCGAACGCGUACAGUAAAACGCAGAGACAGAAGGAGGCAACCAUACAACUCCUCAUGACUGUCCGGAGACGAGUCAGGACAGAACGACGAAGAAGACGACAGGAGCUCCAGCCGGGACAGACCGCGACGGGAGAAGCGCGACUCACACCAGGAGAAGUCUUCACGGAUCGCGUCCUUCACUCCAGUCGCUCCUGACGUCCCCGCUCUCCUGCCCGGAAAGGAGAAGAGACGGCUGUCUAGGGAGAAGUCGUCACGGAU